UGGGGUAUAGGAGUGGUUAAGAAAUGGGUGCACCUCCAUGACAAGGUGCAGGUCCCUUUCCUGUUAACUCUCUGCCACACCAAAAGCCUCCUGUGACUGGAGGGCAGUAAGGCUUUCUACAGAACAAGCAAGUGUUCAUCUGUGCCCUGGCUCAGGAGAAGGAAUGUGACCAAGCCUGCUGGUUAGGAUCAAGGAGGAGCUUCGGGGCAGGGUGGAUCUAGGGCAGGGUUAAGCGAGAGCGCCUGCUGGUACUGUGUGCUUCUCACAGCUCCAGGGCCAGGCCCAACAGGAAAGCCAUGGUCUCUGCUCCCUGAUCCUCCAGAAGCUCAUGGGGAGCCCCAGACUGGCAGCCUUGCUCCUGUCUCAACCUCUACUGUUCAUCUGCCUUGCUGUGUCUGCUCAGGUUGCCUGCCCCUGCCUGCCACGUUGGACCAGCCACUGUCUACUGGCCUUCCGUGUGGAUAAGCAUUUUGCUGGGCUUCAGUGUGGCUGGUUCCCUCUCUUGGUGAGGAAAUCUAAAAGUCCUCAUGAAUUUGAAGUCCGUUGGAGGCACUGGACACCAUCACCCUUCCAGAGGAAGCUACUAGGUAGCCCUUCCUUGUCUCAGGAGAGCCAUCAAAUUUCCACCCCCUUCCUAGCCAUCUCCCACAGAGGCCUUCGUACCAAAAGGACCCAGCCUUCAGCUGCAGAAGGAAUAGAACAUCUCCCUGGAGCAGGUUCACAAAAGCAUGGAGGACCUGAAUUCUCCUUUGAUUUGCUGCCUGAGGUACAGGCUAUUCGGGUGACUAUUCCUCCAGGCCCAGAGGCCAACGUACGCCUUUGUUACCAGUGGGCACUGGAAUGUGAGGAAAUGAGUAGUCCUUUUGAUACCCAGAAAAUUGUGUCUGGGGGCCACACUGUAGACCUGCCUUAUGAAUUCCUUCUGCCCUGCAUGUGCAUAGAGGCCUCCUACCUGCAGGAGGACACUGUGAGGCACAAAAAGUGUCCCUUCCAGAGCUGGCCUGAAGCUUAUGGCUCCGACUUCUGGAAGUCAAUACGCUUCACUGACUACAGCCAGCACAGUCAGAUGGUCAUGGCUCUGACACUCCGCUGCCCACUGAAACUGGAGGCCUCUCUCUGCUGGAGGCAGGACCCAGUCACACCCUGCAAAAUCCUUCCCAAUGCCACAGCACAGGAGUCAGAAGGAUGGUAUAUCCUGGAGAAUGUGGACUUGCACCCCCAGCUCUGCUUUAAGUUUUCUUUUGAAAACAGUAGCCAUGUUGAAUGUCCCCGCCAGAGUGGCUCUCUCCCAUCCUGGACUGUGAGCAUGGAUACCCAGGCCCAACAGCUGAUUCUUCACUUUUCGACGAGGACAUAUGCUACCUUCAGUGCUGCCUGGAGUAACCCAGGUUUGGGGCUGGAUAGCUCCAUGACUCCUGUGUACAGCAUCAGUCAGACCCAGGGCUCAGUUCCAGUGACACUGGACCUCAUUAUUCCCUUCUUGAGGCAGGGGAGCUGCAUCCUGGUGUGGAGGUCAGAUGUCCAGUUUGCCGGGAAGCACCUCUUGUGUCCUGAUGUCUCCCAUAGACACCUCGGGCUCUUGAUCCUGGCACUGCUGGGUCUCACCACUCUACUGGGUGUAGUUCUGGUCCUCCUCUGCCGGCGCCUACUGCCAGGCCCCGGUCGAACAAGGCCAGUUUUACUCCUACACGCAGCGGACUCAGAGGCACAGCGACGCCUGGUGGGAGCUUUGGCCGAACUGCUGCGGACCGCGCUGGGUGGUGGACGCGACGUGAUCGUGGAUCUCUGGGAAGGGACGCACGUGGCUCGCAUUGGACCACUGCCAUGGCUCUGGGCAGCACGGGAACGCGUGGCACGGGAGCAGGGCACUGUGUUGCUCCUGUGGAGCUGUGCGGGCCCCAGCACUGCCUGCAGCGGCGACCCGCAAACUACAUCCCUUCGCACCUUGUCGUGCGCUGCUCCACGCCAGCUGCUGCUCGCCUACUUCAGUCGCCUCUGUGCCAAAGGUGACAUUCCCCGGCCGCUGCGCGCUCUACCGCGCUACCGCCUGCUUCGUGAUCUGCCACGCCUACUGAGAGCGCUGGAUGCUCGACCAGCCACCCUAGCCACUAGCUGGAGUCACCUUGGAGCUAAGCAGUGUUUGAAAAGUCGCCUGGAGCUGUGUCACCUGCUGGAACUCGAGGCUGCCAAAGACGACUACCAAGGUUCAACCAAUAGUCCUUGUGGCUUCAGUUGUCUGUAGCCACUGCCUGUGUAGCAACAGCAGUAACUCCAGAACGAGGCCACAAACAUGUACUCUUUGGGGGUGCUUCUUGUCCCCCCAAACCGUGAGACUCAUCCUAGGACCCACACUUGACCAGCCUCCCUCUCACAUUUGCUCCUUCUCAGAGUCCCUGAGAGAAAGUUGGGCUUUCCUGAUAGGUCCUCGGCCCAUUCUGAGGAGGAGGGGAGAUUUUCCCAUUUCUUCUCACAACUGCAAAAAGACAACCGACUGCUUGGUGUACUCUAGUCCGGGCUGGAGAGCUAGACCAGGGUUGGAAAGCAGGGCCUACCUGUCAAGCUCUUGAAGAGUGUUCUGCUCGGCAGAGUUGAGAGAACCCCCACCCCCCACCUUGUAAGCCAGGGGUCCCUCGCCAUUUCCUGGAGAAAGGCCCAACCCAGAAGUAGUUUGAUUUGUUUGUUUGUUUGUUUGAGACUGAAUCUCACUGUGUAGCCCUUGAUGGCCUGGAACAAAGAGAUCUAUCUACCUGCCUCUGCCUCCUGAGUGCUGGGAUUCGAGGCCUACAUCACCACAAUUGGUGAGAGGGUUCUGUGUCAUCCAGAAAGAUGAAUAAAAGCAAGCAUAGGAGACACGUUAAA